AUGGGUAGAGUCAUUCGCAACCAGCGUAAGGGUCGUGGAUCCAUCUUCAGUCGCGGUGCCCCCCUCGCCAAGGUCGUCUUCCGUCACCCCUACCGAUUCAAGCAGGUCACCGAGACUUUCAUCGCCAACGAAGGCAUGUACACCGGCCAAUUCAUCUACGCCGGAAAGAAGGCUGCCCUGACUGUCGGCAACGUCCUCCCUCUUGGUGAGAUGCCCGAGGGUACCGUCGUCUCCAACGUUGAGGAGAAGAUCGGUGACCGUGGUUCUCUCGGCCGAACCUCCGGCAACUACAUCACCAUUGUCGGCCACAACCCUGAUGAGGGCAAGACCCGCAUCAAGCUUCCCUCUGGUGCCAAGAAGGUCGUCCACUCUGGUGCCCGAGGAAUGAUUGGUAUCGUCGCUGGCGGUGGCCGAACUGACAAGCCUCUCCUGAAGGCUUCUCGUGCCAAGCACAAGUUCGCUGUCAAGCGUAACAGCUGGCCCAAGACUCGUGGUGUUGCCAUGAACCCCGUCGACCAUCCCCACGGUGGUGGUAACCACCAACAUAUUGGUAAGGCUUCUACCAUCUCCCGAUACGCCGUCCAGGGUCAAAAGGCCGGUCUUAUCGCCGCCCGCAGAACGGGUCUUCUCCGUGGUACCCAGAAGACAAAGGAGUAA